UUAGAGCAGAACAGAUUGUGAGAAGGGUGGUGAUCACAUCGUCGACCAUCUAGGCACUGAGUUGCCCCUUUGACAAUUUAAAAGUUAUCAGUAUUGUGUCAGGAGAUCAAUAAUGUGGAAACUACGCGAAAUAACGGAUAAAGUCACCAAUGUGGUGAUGAACUAUUCGGAAGUGGAGGCCAAAGUCCGAGAGGCAACAAAUGAUGAGGCUUGGGGACCUCAUGGCAGCUUGAUGAAUGAGAUUGGCCAGUACACCUUCACAUAUGAACAUUUUCCUGAAGUCAUGGGUAUGCUGUGGAAACGGUUGUUACACGAAAACAGAAAAAACUGGCGGAGGGUCUACAAGUCCUUACUAUUGCUGUCUUAUUUGGUGCGAAAUGGAUCUGAACGUGUUGUAACAAGUGCCAGGGAACAUCUGUAUGAUCUACGUCAACUAGAAAACUACACAUUUACAGACGAACAUGGCAAAGACCAAGGUCUAAAUGUGCGACAAAAAGCCAAAGAUUUGAUAGAAUUUGUACAGAACGAUGACAGGUUAAGAGAAGAGAGGAAGAAAGCCAAGAAAAACAAGGACAAAUAUGUAGGAAUGUCAGGAGAAUUGGCCACAUCAAACUACAGAUACAGUGAUCGUUACGAUGAAGAUCCCAGGCCAAGAAAUGAAGGGCGACUGGAUGAUUUAGAAGACUGGGAUAAGAAAAAGUCUGUAGCUAGUGAGGCUUUAGACAAAGUCAAAGAUUUUUGGAACAGAGCCCAUGGCAGGAGAGGAAUAGAUGAUGCCUCAGACUACAAUGAUGACCUUGAUUAUCGAUAUGAUGAUGACCGAGAAUGGAGGAGAGAUCGUGGUGAGAGGAGCGAUCGUGGUGAGAGGAGCGAUCGUGGUGAGAGGAGCGAUCGUGGAGAUUUUGACAGAGGAGACCGGGAUCGAGAUCGUGGUCGGUUCAGGGACGAGUUCAGGGAUGAUGAUGAAUUCACCUCUGUGGAAAGAACGCAUACAACAAGCACAGAGAAAAUCACAACCAACAGGCGCUCCUCUGGGCGAGCACCGAAGGGGAAGAUAGAUCUUGGGGCGGCAACAAACUAUGGCAAGGAAGAUUCCAGUGAUAAAGUAUCCGGCCUUAUAGACACUGGUGGUCUAACUCCAAACUCAAGUAUUAAAUCUCAGAACUCCAUGGGAGACUUUGCUGACUUCACGUCUGUGUCUAAUGGAGAUGACUUCAACCCCAGAGGAACUGCUGCCACCUCACCAGGUCAGGGGGAAUUUGGGGACUUUGCACAAUUCCAGUCCGGUGCUCAGGCAAUUCCAUCUCAAGGGCAAGGCAAUUUUGCCGACUUCUCCAAGUUUCCAUCUGGAGGUACUACAAGUCCAGCCAGCACAGCGGGUGGAUCCUCCUCGGGCGAUUUGCUUGAUGUGUUUGGGGCAUCUCCAGGGCUUACCACACAGCCAGUUAACUCCUCUCCUAUGCAACCAGUGGGUGCACAGACUUUGAAUAGUCAGCCAAUGGGAAUGCAACCAAUGGGCAUGAUGCCCUUGGGAACACAACAGCAAAUGGGAAUGUCUCCAAUGGGUGCCCAGCCUAUGACACCUCAGGCUAUGGGCACACAGCAAAUGGGAGCACAGCCCAUGGGAACGCAAUCUAUGGGAAUGCAACCAGGAGCACAACCCAUAGGAAUUCAAGCAGGUGGGCAGCCAAUGAAUAUGAUGGGGAUGGCGCCAAUGCAACCCACACAAAUGGGAAUGCAACCAAUGGGAGGUCCUGUGAUGACUCCCCAACAGCCAGUCAUGGGAAUGUCACAGCCCAUGAUGUAUCCUAACUCCCCCCUGAUGACACAGGGUGUGGUGAGCCCCAGCUCCCCCACUGCCAUCCCACCCUCUAGCCUCGCCAAUAUACCCACUACUUCUGCUUUCUCUGCCAAUAAGACCACAUCCAGCAAUGUCAGUACUGUCACAACCACAAAGUCACCAGCUGCAAAGGGUCCAAACACAUGGUCUUCUGUCUCUGGGGUAGAUAUCAGCCUGGACACCCUGAACCCAGCCAACCGUUACCAGAAGCAGGCUCCACCCACAAUGAAACAGUUACAACAGCAAGUGUGGUAUCCAGAGCUGGGGAUGGGAUAUGCAGCUAACACAAUGGGAGGAAUGCAGAACUCACCUAACAUGUACCCCCAGAAUCAGCAGAUGUAUAUGGAUAACACAGGCAUGGGCCAGAUCAACCAGGGCAUGGCAGGCAUGACCCUUGCCAGUCCACAGGCAAACAUGAUGGGACAGCGAUCAAUGAUGGGACAGACCAUGGGAAUGCAGAUGCAGCACCCACAGGCUGGGAUGGCCUCGCCCACCCAAGGAAUGAUGGGUGGUAUGGGGCAGGGCAGCAUGAGUGGUAUGGGACAGGGCAGCAAUAUGGGUAUGCAGACCGGUACCAUGAGUUUACAGACCACCAUGGUAGGCUCCAUGCAACAUAGAACUGAUCAAGCCUUCUCUUCCUUUGGAUCCUUCCAGAAGUGAACCACAAGUCAUUAAUAACCACCCUUCACUCCAAAGUUACUGUGAUCGAACCGCAGGUGACAUUUACCCAAACGACACAUUACAUACCUAUAUAUAUAUAUGUAUGU